UGCACGAAUCGGGCCACCCUGUCUGUUUUGUUGUGACUGGACUAGCGGCUAAUGUCAUUAUAAAAAUCGAAUUAAUUCGAUUGAAACCUACUGUCGCAGACAUGUCCGGGUAUUCGAAUUAUAAUAAUGAGUGGGACGACCCCCAGCACCCUCAACAGAACGUCUACAGCUUCGAUUUGUCGGGCGCCGACUUCGGCUCACACCCCCAGGAGUUGGCUUUUCAGUCCUUCGACCACAACCAGCAACAGCAACAGAACUAUCAACAGGCUCAGCAGCCACCCCAGUACACCUCCAACCCCUACUUGGAUCCUUCGGCCACCUCUGCACCCUACACGGGCGAGAUUUUCACCCCUUCUAUGCCAGCUGGGCAUCAGGCUCAUGGAACAACCGACUUUGAUGAUGAGCCACCCCUGUUGGAAGAGUUGGGCAUCAACCCUGACCACAUUGUGCAGAAAACCCUGUCCGUCUUGAACCCCUUCCGAGCGACCGAGUCGUCCGUCCUGCAGGACACGGACAUGGCAGGCCCUCUCGUGUUCUGCCUAGCCUUCGGAAGUUUCCUUCUUCUCAGCGGCAAAGUCCACUUUAGUUACAUUUACGGUAUCGGAGUCCUCGGCUGCAUGGCCAUGUAUGCCCUUCUCACCCUCAUGACUGUGGACGGAACAACCCUGGGGGCGGUUGUCUCGGUACUCGGCUACUGCUUGCUGCCCAUGGUUGGUCUCUCCGGGAUCAACGUUCUAUUGUCCCUGCAAGGAUUUCUUGGCAUAGUGCUUACUGGACUGACAAUAGCAUGGUGUUCGCUCUCAGCGUCAAAGCUUUUUGUCUCCAUGCUGAACAUGGAGCACCAGCUGCUGCUCGUUGCAUAUCCGUGUGCGCUGCUGUACGGAGUAUUCGCUCUUAUCACAAUUUUUUAAAAUGUGUAAUUAAAGUCAAUUUUUGCACAGAGUCAAUAAGGAAGAUCAAUUUUGG